CCCCAAAGGCUUUUCAGUACGCGGACAGACGCCUUCACAUAACAGCCUCUCUCUACAAGAUACUUUCAAAAGCAGUUUUGUCCAAUAUUCGAAAUGGCUCCCAUUCAGAACAGUAAUGCGUGCGAGGUUAAUGCAGCUUCGUCUGAAGUCAAGUGCUGCCGCUGCGGAGGGUCGAAGGACUCGUGGGACAUGUUCCUUCCCAUCACUCACAGGGGAAGCUUCUUCCAGGACUCCUUCUUCUCCAACAUUCACCAGCACUUCGACGCCGCCGUCAGGGAGGUCCUGGACAAGUGGAGCGGCUCUGACCUCAGGCUCACAGACCGCACGGAGGACACCAACGUCCGCCACAGUGAUGUCCUUGGCCGCUACAGAAGGCUUCGAUCCGUCGACCUGAAGGAGGAGAACCAAGCUGUCACUGUCACGUCGGAUGACACCAGUCACAAGGUGGUGCUGGACGUGCACGAGUUCCUGGGAGGAGACGUGACGGUGAAGGUGGUUGACGAGAGUGAGCUGCAGGUGGAAGGACGCGUGGAAAAGAAGGAGGAGGGAAGUUCCUGUGUGGCUGUGCACUCCUUCAGACGCCGCUUCUCACUGCCUCGCCUCACCAACAUGGCGGCCAUCACCUCCGCCAUGUCCUCCGACGGCGUCCUCACCAUCACAGUGCCCAAACUGGAAAGCGAGGACAAGCAGAGGACGACCAUCAUCCCCAUCAAGGUCGAAGAGACGAAUUCGCAGACAAACGCUUCCAAAACAACAGCUUCUCAAAACACAAAUAAACAGGAAACCAAAUGCGAACACUGCAAUCGGGACGCCGUCUCCAAGAAGGAGAGCAACAAGGCAGUCAGUGAAACGUGUGUCAAGAGAGAGAGCGAGUCCUGUCAGUCCGAGAAAAGGUCCUCGGCACUUGAUUCCUUCGCUGGACACAACUUCCUUCCCAUCGUGCACAGAGGACUCUUCUUCGACGAUUCGUUCUUCCAGGAAAGCUGGAAGGAUUUCCAGAGGGCGGUGAAGGAGGUGUUGAACAAGUGGGGAGAACAGUCCUCCAUUGGCGACGACCUAACGCGCUACAGAAGUCUCCGAAGUCGUGACUUGAGAGAAGAAAACCAGGCUGUCACUUCCUCGGAGGAUGAACGUCAGCAUAAGUUCGUUCUCGACGUGAAAGACUUCAGUGACGGCGGAGAGAUCAGCGUGAAGGCUGUGAGCGACAGAGAGUUGGUGGUCGAAGGCCGCAAGGAGAAGCAGGGAGACGGGUCGAGGUGUUCUCAGCGGUUCCUUCGGCGCUUCGUUGUUCCUGGAGACAUCCAGCUGGAUGGAGUCACCUCAGUCGUGUCUUCUGACGGUGUGCUCACCAUCUCGGCUCCUAAGAAGCAGCCGAAGCUCCAGGUCAAGGAGGUUUCCGUGCCCAUAACCAUCGAAGGAAAGAAAACUGGUCCUGCCGACACCGUCAUGCAGAAUGGAGAUCUCAAGUCGAAUGAGGCUGCAACAGGCGCUGUUGCAAAAGAAAAUAAGCUGCAAAAUGCCACUCCCGUAUCCAGCGCAAACUCUGCUUCCUCCAACGUACCUUUCAAAGCAAGUGCGACUCGCGGACCCGAGGAAACUUCCUCCUCAAACCAGCAGAAAGGAGAUUCUCAGCAGCACACCACCGUCAUUCCCGUCAGAGUCCAGGGAACAGAAGAGAUUUCGGGGAAGCAGACCUGCUCCCCUUCCAAGCCUUCGACAGGAGUUCGAGACGAAGACGCCUCCGCCAGAGCCACGUCCUUCGCCGCGAGAGGAAAAGGAGGCGACGCUGAAGAAGGCAACCAGGAGGAUAAGGACCUUUAUAAGCUGAAGGGAAGCGGAGCCAAGUUCCCCAUCAAGAUCAACGGAUCUGUGAUUAAUACUAACUCAGUCUAAUAUGAACUGAACAUUCCAGACGUAAUAGAUAUGAGAAAAGAGAAAGAAAAUACUUUUACACAAUUCAUUUAAGAAAUAUUUUAUAAAAUUGCGCAUAUAUUAGAAUAAAAAUUGUCGUAGUU